AUGAGCAGACAAGCCUGCACUAAAUCCUUCAGUGCUAGGAGCCAAGGUUUCUCUGGCCACUCAGUUGUGGUCUCCAGCAGCAGUGGCAGUAGCAGCAGGAUGAGCUGUGUGGCCCGCUCCAAGGGAGUCAGUGGAGGGGCCUGUGGGCUCUGGAGUGGAGCAGGUGGCUUUGGAAGUCGCAGCCUCUACAACCUGGGUAGAAACAAAAGCAUCUCCAUGAGCGUGGCAGCUGGUAGCUUCCGGGCUGGUGGCUUUGGUGGAGGGCACAGUGGCUGUGGUAGUGGUUUGGGAGGUGGCUUUGGGGGUGGCCAUGGAGGCAGUUUUGGGGGUGGCAGAGGAAUGGGAGGUAGCUCUGGGGGAGCUGGUGGCUUUGGGGGGUCUGCUGGCUUUGGUGCUGUUUGCCCCCCUGGGGGAAUCCAGGAAGUGACAGUCAACCAGAGCCUCCUGCAGCCCCUCAAUGUGGAGAUUGACCCCCAGAUUGGGCAAGUGAAGGCUCAGGAGAGGGAGCAGAUCAAAACUCUCAACAACAAGUUUGUGUCUUUCAUCGACAAGGUGCGGUUCUUGGAACAGCAAAACAAGGUUCUUGAGACUAAGUGGGAACUGCUCCAGCAGCAGGUCACAAGGUCUGCCUCAGGGCCCAGGAAUUUAGAGCCACUCUUUGAGUCCUACAUCAGCUCUCAGAACAAGCACUUGGAUUCACUUCUAAGGGAGAGGGAGAACCUGGAAGGAGAGAAGAAGAACACGCAAGACCUGAUGGAAGACUUCAAACGCAAGUAUGAGGAUGAGGUCAACAAGCGCACAGCAGCAGAGAAUGAGUUUGUGGGGCUCAAGAAGGAUGUAGAUGCGGCUUACCUAAACAAGGCUCAACUGUAUGCUAAAGUGGACUCCCUGACAGAAGAAAUCAACUUCCUGAGAAGCCUCUAUGACAUGGAGCAGGCCCAGAUGCGGAGUCAUGUCAGCGACAUGUCUGUGGUAUUGUCAAUGGAUAAUAACCGCUCCCUAGAACUGAACGGCAUCAUAGCUGAGGUCCGCACCCAGUAUGAGGACAUCGCCCGGAGGAGCAAGGAUGAGGUUGAUGCUCUGUACCAGACUAAGCUUGGGGAGCUGCAGACCACGGCUGGAAGGCAUGGGGAUGACCUGAAGAGCACCAAGAAUGAGAUCAUGGAGCUCAACAGGAUGACCCAGAGGCUGCGGGCAGAGAUUGAGAAUGUGAAGAAGCAGAAUGCCAACCUGCACACGUCCAUUGCAGAAGCUGAGCAGCGUGGCGAGAUGGUUCUCAAGGAUGCCAAUGCCAAGCUCCAAGGUUUGCAGGGUGCCCUACAGCAGGCCAAAGAUGACCUGUCCCGCCUGCUGCGUGACUAUCAGGAGCUGAUGAACAUCAAGUUGGCCUUGGACGUGGAGAUCGCCACCUACCGCAUGCUGCUGGAGGGCGAGGAGUGCAGGAUGUCUGGAGAGUAUCAGAAUUCUGUGAAUAUCUCGGUGGUCAGCAACAUCACCAACACAAGCAGCGGCUCUGGAGGCUUCCGAGGGGUCAGUGGCCGCAGCAGCAGUGGCUACAGAGGGGGCAGCAGCAGCAGCAGCACCAGAGGCAGCAGCGGUAGCAGCUCUGGACAGGACAGUAGGGGCAAGAGCAGGGGAGGCAGAGGCAGCAGCAACCGCUGCCAGGAAGGCAGUGGCAGGGGCAAUGGGGGCAGGGCCGUCACGAGAAGCUACCAGAGCAGCAGCAGCAGCAGCAGCUGCAUGAACCAGUGUGGAACGGGCUUCAGCUCUGGUGGCAUCCAGACCUCAGCAGGCAGUGACAAGUCUGCUUGUGGAGGCAAUACCAGUCUCCACUUCUCCCAGAUCACUACCAGCUCCAGCCAGCAGUGCCCUAAGUGA